AUGCUUAUCCCCAAGGCCGAUCGCAAAGCGAUUCACGAAUACCUCUUCCGAGAGGGCGUUCUCGUCGCAAAGAAGGACUUCAACCUUCCCAAGCAUGGCGACAUUGACACCAAGAACCUUUUCGUCAUCAAGGCUUGCCAGUCAUUGACCUCGCGCGGCUACCUCAAGACCCGCUUCUCGUGGCAAUACUACUACUACACCCUCACCCCCGAGGGUCUCGACUACCUCCGCGAGUGGCUCCACCUCCCCGCCGAAAUUGUGCCCCAGACACACAUCAAGCAGCAGCGCUCUGCUCCUCCCCGGGGUAUGCUCGGUGGUGGUGAGGACCGUGAGAGGCGUGGUGGUGGCCGUGGUGGACGUGGUGGCGACCGUGGCGGUGACCGUGACGGUUACCGCCGCCGUGACCAGGGCGAGAAGGCCGAGGGUGCUGCCCCUGGCGAGUUCAAACCCGAGUUCCGUGGUGGCUUCGGUCGGGGACGUGGCGCUGCUCCUGCUUCCUAA